AUGCCUCCCACGUUGGAAAGCUUUAUUUGCUCAAUUAUAUAUGGUGUAGGGGUGAGGAAAGAAGCUAAGCCCCUUUGGCAAGUUGCAAUUUUUGCCGGAUCAUGGUAUAUUUGGUUAUUGAGGAAGCGGCGAAUUUUCCAUGAUCCUGCUAAUUCCUUCGAGGACAUAUGGGAUGGGACCAUUCUCAUGGCAAUUUUGUGGGCAAAAGCGCAUGGACAUUUCCUAUAUAGUUGUAGCAGGAUAUCUUCUGGUUCAUCUCCGCACAUAAAGAGUGCAGCAGUGUCAGCACUAUCUGUACUGGUUUAUAAGGAUUCUGAGAUCUGCCUCUCAAUGCCUGAGCUUGUUCCAUCGCUCUUAUCUUUGCUUCACUGCAAAGCGAAUGAAGUUAUAAAAGCUGUUCUGGGCUUUGUGAAAGUACUAGUGUCUUCCUUGCAAGCUAAAGACCUGCAGAAUCUUCUUUCUGAAGUAGCCAAUGAAAUUCUCCGAUGGUCAUCUGUAUCAAGACAUCAUUUCAGAUCCAAGGUGACAGUCAUACUGGAGAUUAUCAUAAGGAAAUGCAGUUCUUCCGCAGUUGAAUCAGUUACUCCUCAUAAAUAUAAGGGUUUUGUCAAAACUGUUAUAGAGAACCGUCAUGCCAAAACAUGUUCUAAAGAAAGCUCUGGUGAUACAGAAACUGUGGCAGUGGAUUCUUCCACCAAAGGGCUGCAAAAGAGGAAAAGGAAAGCAUUGGAUAAUCUACCAGGGGUAAAGGGUUCCACAGAGCAUAGAAAAGGAAAGAGGGAGAAGACGGACACUUUCAGACUUACUGACCUGACAGAGCCUGGUAUAUCUAGUAGUGGCAGAUUUAGACCGUCAAAAAAAGGUAAAGAUUUAAACCGCAAAAACUCAGUGAAUUUGGGACCAGGAGGAAGGGGGAGAAAAGGGAGAAAGGACUUUGGCAAAGGCCCAAAAGUUGGGCAGAAGAGAAAGAUGGAGAAGAGUCCCGUGACAAAAGAUGGAUGGGCAGGUGAUGUAUCUUCUUCUGGUUCUAAGUUACGGAAGCAGAAGAAGGUUGGAAAGACAUGAUAAGCUGGUUUGAGGGUGCACAAUCUAGCCAUAAUACCCACACCCUGCAGCAUGAGGAGCUUCACCAGGCCUAUCCCUUCGAAUUACUACAACAGAGGGAUCCAUUAUUCCUGAGGAACAAUGUAUUCAAAAUGCAACUCAUGGACUGGCAUUUUAUAGGAAAUAGGGAGAAAGUAAAAAAAAAAAAAAAGAUAUGGAUUGUGACCGGAUCAAAGCCAAAAGGCAACAAUGUACUCGGAGUUUAUUUGUGAUGAGCUUCGAGGAAGUCCUCAUUUAGGCAAUGGGAUGAUUUUGAGAUUUUGACCUGUAUCAUUGUUGUCCAGUUUAGCCCUGGAGUUGAUAAGUUAUGUCCUCAAAGUUCUUGCUAUUAUAUAUAUUGUACAUGGUAUAGUUUCUUGCGAGGUUAA